AUGCCAGUCUGUGACCCUUUAGAAACAAAAAUGUCUUCGUUCAGUGGUCCGUCCAUGAUGAACAGUGAUGCUGCUGCUACUGAGUUUGGUCAUCAAAUAAGACGAGUGACAUUAGAGAAACAAAGCGAAAUCAGGAUCCAAGUGCAUCCCUUUUCCCCUCUCAAACUCCGUGUGCUCGAUGGCCUAGUUGAGAUUUUUGGUUCCGAGCUUCCACCAGAAGUGUGGCUCACGUUUCCACCUCGCCAGCAAUUCGCUGUCUUCACAUGGUAUGGUGCAACAAUCGAACUAGAUGGCGUCACAGAAACUGAAGAAACAUCAACUGAGACACCAAUGGUGAGCUAUUUAAAUGUGCACAACUCUCUCCAAGUACAAAGACAUCGUGUUGUGUCAUCAACAAGCAAUUAUGUCUCUUCACAGUGGCCAAGAGUUAUCAUUGUAGGGGAUACUGACUCUGGGAAGAGCACAUUAGCUAAGAUGCUUCUUAAUUGGGCAGCAAAAGAUGGUUUCAAACCAACAUUUGUUGACCUUAACAUCGGCCAAAGCUCAAUAACCAUACCAGGAACCAUUGCUGCUACCUCUAUCAAGAUGCAUGUGGAUUCUGUUCAUGGAUUUCCUCUUGAUAACGCUAUUGUGCAUUACUUUGGUCACACUACACCAACCAACAACCUUAGACUGUACAAGGCCCUUGUUGAAAAGCUUGCUCGAGAAUUAGAAGAAGUUUUUGCUAGAAGCGCUGAAUCUCGACAUUCCGGUAUGGUAAUUGACACAAUGGGAUGGACCAAUGGUCCCGGUUAUGAGCUGCUUAUUCAUGCAAUAAGGAAGUUUAAUGCAUCUCUAGUUAUCGUCCUUGGUCAAGAAACUGAUCUCGUCAAUGAUCUGAACAAUUCUCUUAAAUUCAAGAAGAAUGUACGAAUCUUGAAUCUUGACAAGUCAACUGGAGUUUUCUUCAGGGGCUCUGAUUAUCGCAAAACAUUGAGGAACAACAACAUUAAGAAGUACUUCCAUGGAGCCACUAACGAUCUCACGGCCUACACCAAAACCGCAAAGUUCAGUGAUGUGAAAGUAUAUCGAAUCGGUGACUUUCCUGAGAGUAGGUCAAGAUCUGCACAAAGAACUUAUAAUGAUGACGCUUUGAAGAUCACAUCUGUGGAAAUUGGUGAACAUCUUUUGAACAAAGUUCUUGCUAUCUCAUACGCCAAAGAGCCUAACCAGAUCAUCUCAAGUAUUGUUGCUGGAUUUGUGUGUAUCAAGGAUGUUGAUAUUGGUAAAGAGAGAAUUACAUAUAUCUCUCCAUCAGCUGCAGAAUUUCCUAGCAACAUAUUGGUCAUGGGGACUUUGACAUGGCUUGAAACUUGA